GCCAGGAAGAGAAGCUGGACUUUAAUUCUUGGUUAGCCAUGGCAUCGCCGGGUGGUACUUCCUAUUUCCGCAGAGCCAGUCUGAUCUGGAUGGCAGUCAUCGCCCUGUCUAUGGGCUUUUUUGCAUUGACUGUUUUCGUCCCUGAACACGUUCCUUAUGAUAAGUUGGGUCCUAUUGGUUCAUUUGCCGAGUACAUGGUGAAGAAUCACCACACUGUAUUGUAUCAUGGGUUUUGGUGGGCAUGGACGAUACAUGUUGUUGAGGCUCUGUAUAGCAUGCGACUCUGCAGUUCUAAAGGGAUUACAGACUCUGGAGCCAAAGUGAAAUGGCUCAUACAGACUUUCCUGUUUGGAAUAGCAUCUCUCUCACUCCUAAUCGCAUACAAGCCGAGUCCUGCUAAGAAACGAAGAAAGUGAACAUUGUGUAGGAAAAGAAGAGGCCCGCCAACCGCAGUGACCUUAUUUUUCUGGAUUAUAGAAUAAUUACCUCAUUUAAAAUAAGAAGGGUUUGCAUCAUAGUAUAUAGCAGUUUCUUUACCUGUUUUUUAUAUGUGAAAUUACUUGAAUCAAAUUCCUGUAAACUAAAUACAGUCCAUGAUCACAGUUCUCUUUACCAAAUGAUAGACCGCUUUUGAAAUUCUCUUGCUUUUUAAACUUCGUAUGUGUUGGCUACAACUUCGGCAGUGAUCAACUGUACUGACUAGGAGUUUAUUAACAGCAGUUUGCCUAUUUCUCUGUAAAGUAAUGUACUGACUACUCUGUGAUUUAACGAACACCUGGUUACCAGCUUGUUUCAUCCCAGGAGCAUAAGAAUAGGACAACUGGAAGACGGCAAAUUUAGCAACUGAGCAGAACUCGACAGCAUUUUAUAUCUCUUUAAAGAACUGUAUAGUGAGCUAUAAUAUUCAUAUUAAAUGGGCAUGUGUUUAAUGGGUGUGUAAGGUUUAGGAGUGACUGUGGGUUGAUUUAUUGGUAACAAAGACUGAUUUGGUUAAUAAAUUUCAAAAUUCGAAAA